AAAACGAUCAAAUAUGUACGCCGACGAAGUUGAUAAGGAUAGACGCACUUUCAAAAAGAACUUUUCUUCAGCUCGAGGAUCAGGAAUCGAUGGUAAAUGGAAACGCGACAUGUUCCAGACAGCAAAUCGAUCUCCAAAGCAAAAUUUCACGACCAAGAGGCGAGCACAGACAAACUUUGUCACUAAAGCCGGUGCCGCGGCGGCAGGACUUGCCACUAGGAACAUUUCAACAGCAUCAAUCCGUGGAAGAACUGCGCCGGCUGUUGUCAGAGAAAUUCAUACUGGACCAUCGACUCUUAUCAUAAAGAACUUGGCAACCACUGUCACACAAGAAGAUCUUGAAGAGCUCUUCGAACAAUACGAGCCAGAGCUCGUCCAGCUUCACUACGGCCCAACAGGAGAGAGUAAUGGAUGCGCUGAUCUUAUUGUCCCUCACGCACAAGUCGCUAUUAUUCAAAAAGCACUGGAAGGUGUUCUGUUGGACGGAGAGCCGAUUGAAGUUCUCGAAGCAAACCCACCGAAGCAGGUUUCUGUGUUCGAUCGGAUCAAGAAGGUUUCACGAGGAAACGAUUUCAAAGCAAAGAACAUGCGCGUCGUUGUCAAGUCAAAAGGAGGAUUCCAGAAGAGAGGAGCGCGUGGAGAUUUCUAGAGAAAAUCUAGAGGCCAUGAUCUAUCUGUAAUCGUGUUUAUAACCAAUCCAAAAUUCCAUUCUCGUCUCCACUUUUUAUUUAUUUUUAUUCCAUUUCUCAAGUUUUGUUGUUUUACUGCUCAUCUAGAGCAUUCCAUUUGACUCUUCCUUUCUCGUUUUUUCUCAACUUUGUACUGAAUCAUUUUCUGUCUCCGUUCGUCAUAACUUUCCAGAUAAUAAACCAGAUUUUACAC